GUUUGGGGUCGCUUGUAUGUCUAUGGCUCUCGGCCGUCGCCUGGCCGCGUCUCUGGUGCGCGCCGCGUGGCCGUCCAGACCGGGGUGCGGGCUGCCGCGGCGCGUGCUCCUCCAGUACCGCUCCGUCUCCGCCGCAGGAUCGAGCAUGGCAUCCGGCGACGCGCAGCACCAGGCUGUCCGGCUGUCCGGCACCGAGCUGGCCAAGGAGGUGCGGACCGGCCUGCAGGACGAGGUGCGCCAGCUGCAGACGAAGUAUCCCGGCUUCCAGCCCGGCCUGGCCAUCGUGCAGGUGGGCGGCCGUGAGGACUCCAACGUCUACAUCAGGGCCAAGGUGAAGGCGGCCAGCGACAUCGGCAUCGGCGCCCGGCACGUCCAGCUGCCGCGCCACACCACCCAGAUGCAGCUGCUGCAGACCAUCCAGGGACUGAACGAGGACCCGACCGUGCAUGGCAUGAUCGUGCAGCUGCCGCUGGACUCUGAGCACACCAUCGACGAGGACAAGGUCAUCGAGGCCAUUGACCCCGACAAGGACGUCGAUGGGCUGCACCCGAUCAACGCCGGCUGCCUGUCGCACGGCCAGAUGCGGCACGGCCACCUGCCCUGUACGCCCUGGGGCUGCAUUCAGCUGAUCCAGAGGAGCGGCGUCGAGAUCAAGGGCGCUGACGCGGUGGUGCUGGGCCGCAGCAAGAUCGUCGGCUCGCCGAUGGCCGAGCUGCUCAAGUGGCACCACGCCACCGUCUCCACCUGUCACUCGCGCACCAAGGACAUCGAGGAACACGUGCGGCGGGCCGACAUUCUGGUGGUGGGCAUCGGCAGGCCGCACUUCGUCAAGGGCGACUGGGUCAAGCCGGGCGCCGUCGUCAUCGACUGCGGCAUCAACGCUAUUCCAGACGCCACCAAGAAGUCGGGCCACCGGCUGCUGGGCGACGUCGACACGGAGGAGGUGUCCAAGGUGGCCUCACACAUCACACCGGUGCCGGGCGGCGUCGGGCCGAUGACGGUGGCGAUGCUGAUGCAGAACACGGUGCGCGCGGCCGCGCUGGCCGUGGAGCGCGAGCACCGGCAGUCCUGGGGCCUCGAGCCGCUGACACUGACACCGCUCUCGCCCGUGCCCAGUGACAUUGAUGUGAGUCGGGCGCAGACCCCGCGGCCCAUUUCGGAGCUGGGCGCCGCCGUCGGCCUGCUGCGCUCCGAGCUCGACCUGUUCGGUCAGACCAAGGCCAAGGUGGCGCUCUCGGUGCUGAACCGGCUGCAGCACCGUGCCAACGGACGAUACGUGGUGGUCGGCGGUAUCACGCCGACUCCGCUUGGCGAAGGGAAGAGCACGACCACCAUCGGGCUGUCGCAGGCGCUGGGCGCCGAGCUGGGCCGCAACGUGUUCGCGUGCGUGCGUCAGCCUUCGCAGGGACCCACGUUCGGCAUCAAAGGCGGCGCUGCCGGCGGCGGCUACUCGCAGGUGAUCCCGAUGGAGGAGUUCAACCUGCACAUGACGGGCGACAUCCACGCCAUCACGGCGGCCAACAACCUGCUGGCGGCGCAGCUUGAGGCGCGCAUGUUCCACGAGUCGACGCAGACGGACGCGGCGCUGUUCGGGCGGCUUGUGCCGGCGCGCAACGGCGCGCGCGCCUUCUCGCCCAUCCAGCUGGGCCGGCUGCGGCGCCUCGGCAUCGAGAAGACAGAGCCGGACGCGCUGACCGAGGAGGAGGUGCGCCGCUUCGUCCGGCUUGACAUCGACCCGGAGACCAUCACCUGGCAGAGAGUGAUCGACACCAACGACCGGUUCCUGCGCCGCAUCACCGUCGGCCAGUCGGACACGGAGAAAGGGCGCACUCGCGUCUGCCAGUUCGACAUCACCGUGGCCAGCGAGGUGAUGGCCGUGCUGGCGCUGACCACCAGCCUGCGAGACAUGCGUGACCGACUGGGCCGCUGCGUGGUGGCGUCCGACCGCGCCGGCCAUCCCGUCACCGCCGACGACCUGGGUGCCGGCGGCGCCAUGACGGUGCUGAUGCGGGACGCCAUUCGCCCGACGCUGAUGCAGAGCCUGCAGGGCACGCCCGUGUUCGUCCACGCCGGCCCGUUCGCCAACAUCGCGCACGGCAACUCCAGCGUGCUGGCCGACAAGAUCGCGCUCAAGCUGGUCGGCGAGAAGGGCUACGUGGUGACGGAGGCCGGCUUCGGCGCCGACAUUGGCAUGGAGAAGUUCUUCAACAUCAAGUGCAGGGCGUCGGGCCUGGCGCCGGACGCCGCCGUGCUGGUCGCCACGGUGCGCGCGCUCAAGAUGCACGGCGGCGGACCGGCCGUCACUGCCGGCGUGCCGCUCGCUCCCGCCUACACCCAGGAGGACACCGCGCUCGUGGAGAAGGGUUUUGCCAACCUCAACAAACAGAUCCAGAACACGCUCAAGUUUGGCGUGCCCGUGGUGGUCGCCAUCAACAAGUUCAGCACUGACACUGACGCCGAGCUGGAGCUGAUCCAGCGCUUGAGCCGCGCAGCGGGCGCCGCCGACGCCGUCAUCUGCACCCACUUCAGCGGAGGUGGCGCCGGCGCCCGCCAGCUGGCCGAGGCCGUGGAGCUGGCCUGCCAGCAGCCCAGCAGCUUCAGGUUCCUCUACGACCUGACGCUGCCCAUCGUCGACAAGAUCCGCAUCAUCGCGCGCCAGAUCUACGGCGCCGACGACGUGCAGCUGUCGGAGCAGGCGCAGGCGCAGGUGGAGCGCUACACCCGCCAGGGCUUCAGCGAGCUGCCUAUCUGCAUGGCCAAGACGCACCUGUCGCUGUCGCACGACCCCAGCUGGAAGGGCGCGCCGACCGGCUUCACCCUGCCCAUCCGGGACGUGCGCGCCAGCGUCGGCGCCGGCUUCCUGUACCCGCUGGUGGGCACGAUGAGCACCAUGCCCGGCCUGCCGACUCGGCCUUGCAUCUACGACGUCGACCUGGACCUGGACAACGGCGACGUGCAGGGCCUGUUCUAAGCCGGACCGGUGGCGCCACCUGUGGCCGGCCCGGGCCUGCGGAGUCGCUGGUGCCGCGCCGGGUCGCUGCGGGCGCCGCCGCCCGCCGGCAGCUGCCUCUCGUGCUGCUCGCCGCCGAGCGGCGCGGGGCUGAUGCCGAUGUCUUCCGGCGCGAAGCGCUGGAUGAUUCGAAGUGGUGGAACGACGGAGCCGUGGGCUCGUGGGCUGAGAUUGGUAGAAGGUGGGGGAUGAUUCGGAGUGGUGGAACGGCGAAGCCGUGGGCUCGUGGGCUGAUAUUGGUAGAAGGUGGGGCGAGUAGGAGGUCGGUUGCUGGGCAUUGCCAGCUGGUGAAUACGCCGGACCGUGGUGCCUCGGCGUGGUACGUACCUUCCGAAGCAUGUUUAAGCGGCAUUUGUGGGCCGGUGCCAGGUUUGGAUGAUAAUUGUCGGAUCGCGUCACUUUCGUCUCGUGGACAUCUGUAAACAAUGGGGUGCAUUAAGCUGUGUCGCAGAUAAGCUAAGCGGAGGGGAUACUAAUUUCUGGGGUACUCAGCACGUUAUGGACGGAGCCCGAUUAUUUUGCAUCUGUUACCACACUGAGAGAGGCCUCAGCCGUCGUAAGCCUGGGUCUGAAGUGUGCUCCGUGAGGAAGGUACCAUCGCCAUGCCCUGGGCACGGUCCGUCACGUCACAGUGCUCACCAGUUGUGUCGUCUUAGGCACUGGAGUAAGUGCCUCAACGAUUUCAAGCACUUGACAACCGCUCAGUCGCCCGUCUGUGUGCCAAAAGAUCAAUGACCUGCGGAAGUGCCCGGUGACCAGUGGUGCGUCGGUGCGAUGCCACCUCGUCGUUCGGCGUGCCAUGCGUGACGCCUGGGUCCGCCUGGUCCGCCGCUGCGUACCCGUCUGGACUGGUACCGGGGCGUGGUCCCGCGCUCUAAUUCACCGCCUGAUCCGCCGCGCACAGCUGUGUGGCUCAGCGAUCAAAAAUGCAGCGUACACACGGUACAAAUAAAGUGCCUCACAUAUGUUUGAGUAACGCGGGGUGUAGUGGGUCUGUCUAAUCGGUAGAGGCUAUGUUAUGUUUCAGAGCGGACUUGUGAAGCGUUGUGUUGGCGGUACUGCUCAGCGGCCGAGCCGCCGGUGCCAAAAUAGUUGAUUUUUUAAUAUACGGCCGACACACAU